AUACACAUGAGAAGUUACUCGGAAAAGUUGGCCCUAGGAGUCAUUGAAGGUGUGAUCUUUGGCCAGAAAACAAAGGAAUCUGGUGAGGUGUUUGUUGCUCUUAAGGAGCUCGAGAAGCUUGCGGUACAAGCACUUUUAGCACCCCCUAUACCUGGGUUCAGGUAACAAACCUUGAUUUUGAACACGUAAACCAACUUCAUCCAGAGAGCUAGAUCACCGGACCGAUAGGUAAGCCCGAUAAGAUUAUCUCAAAGAAAUUCUUUUGCUAGAUACCUGCCUACUCAUCGUAACCGUUGAACAUGGAAACUCGACAAGUUGGUGACAAGCAAGAUCAUGCAUGUCAUGGAGACGCGGUUUCGAAACAAUGCUGCCCACCGAGAAGACCUGCUUGGGCUUAUGAUUCAGGCCCGCAGGUCGGGUGCCAACACACUGAGCAACGAAGAAAUCGUCGGGGAAUGCAAGACUUUCUUUGCCACAGGGACAAUUACCAGCACAACCCUCCUUGCUUGGACAAUGUUCCUGAUCAGCAUCUACCCACAGUGGCAGGCGAAGAUCAGGGAGGAAGUCCUCCGUGAAUGCCAUGAAGAGGAACAAGGUGAGGUAUUGAGCAUCAACAUUCUCGGGAAACUGAAGCUGCUUAAUAUGGUUCUCCCUGAGACACUAAGGCUCUAUAAUCCUAUACCGUUCAUGACAAGAAGGGUCGCCUCUGAUACCAUCUUGUAAAGCAUCAAGGUCCCGAAAGGAACCGUGAUAACCAUUCCUAUCGCAAUGUCGCAUAGGGACAAGGAGGUCUGGGGGGCUGACUCCGACGAGUUCAAUCCCAUGAGGUUCGAGAAUGGCGUCUCGAGGGCCGCCAAAUAUGCAAACUCGUUACUCGCCUUCUCAUCCGGCCCAAGAAUCUGCAGUGGGCAGAACAUGGCCAUGAUCGAGGUGCAGACAGUGAUGGCAAUGAUCCUGAGAAGGUUCUCCUCUCUCUCCCCAAGUUACAUUCACAAGCCCACAAACUUGAUCGCUCUCAAACCUAAGUUUGGGCUUCCUGUCAUCGUGAGGAACCUGCUGGAUGGGCAUGAUGAUUCAAGUGGAGUUGGUGCUUAAUUGUUUGUUGCCUAAGGCAAUCCGUGCACGCACCCGUAUAUUGUACCUUGUUUUUCCUAAUAUACUUUUG